GAAGAAAAGGAAAGCCGGAGCCGGGCGGAGCUGUCGAGUAUAUCACUUCCCCUGUGCGCACGCCUCCGCCCCGUCCCCUCCCUCACCCGCACCCAAAUCCGUCCUCCUCCCGCGGCGGGGGGAGAGGAGGAAGGGGAAAGCCGGCGGCUUUGCGCAUGGCGGAGGCGGCGGCGGGGCCGGCGUCGGCGCUGCUGGACCUGCCGGAGCCGCUGCUGCUGCUCAUCCUCGGCGCCCUCCACGACCCGCGCUCGCGGCACCGGGCCUCCAUGGCCUGCCGCCGGCUGCUGGCGGCGGAGCGGGCGACGCGGGCGGCCAUGGCGCUGCGCGGGGACCCGCGGACGGCCGACUUCCUCCUCCUCCCGCCGGCCUUCUGCUUCCCGGCGCUGGAGCGGCUCGACCUCUCCCUCGCCUCGCCGUGGGGCCACCCGCUGCUCUCGUCCGCCUCGCGCGUCGCGGGGGCGCCCGCCUCCUCCUCCUCCAACCACCUCGCGCUCCGCCCGGAGGAGAUCGCGGAGCGGAACGCGUACGUGGCGGCGCGCCUCGCCGCCUACUUCCCCGCCGUGGCCCGCCUCGCCGUCUACUGCCGCGACCCCUCCACGCUCACCAGCCUGGCCCCCUGCUGGCGGGCCACGCUGCGGGCCGUCAAGCUCGUGCGCUGGCACCAGCGGCCGCUCGACCUCCCCGGCGGCGCGGAUCUCGAGCCGCUGCUCGGGGCCUGCCCCCAGCUCGCGGCCCUCGACCUCUCCGAGUUCUACUGCUGGACGGAGGACGUCGUGCCGGCGCUCGACGCGCACCCGGCCGCCGCCGCCAGGCUCACCGACCUCGACCUCGGCCUCGCCGGCGCCUCCAACGGCUUCCACGCCGCCGAGCUCGCGGCCAUCGCCGCCGCCUGCCCCGGCCUCCGGCGGCUCGUCGCGCCCUGCGUCUUCAACCCCCGCUACGUCGACCACGUCGGCGACGACGCGCUGCGCUCGCUCGCCGCCAGCUGCCCCCGGCUCACCGUCCUGCGCCUCAGCGAGCCCUUCGAGCCGGCGUCCACCAGCCAGCGGGAGCAGGCGGGCAUUACCGCCGUGGGGCUCGUCGACUUCUUUGCCGCGCUCCCUGGGCUGGAGGACCUCAUGCUGGACCUCCAGCACAAUGUGCUCGAGGCAGCUCCGGCGAUGGAGGUGCUCGCGCGCAGGUGCCCGCGGAUCAAGGUCCUGACGCUGGGGUGCUUCCAGGGGCUCUGCAAGGCUGCCUGGUUGCAUCUCGACGGCGUCGCCGUGUGCGGUGGGCUGGAGUCGCUCUGCAUCAAGAACUGCGAGGAUCUCACCGACGCCAGCCUCGGCACGAUCGGCCGUGGCUGUGGGAGGCUUGCCAAGUUUGCCAUCCAAGGAUGUGACCAUGUCACGUCAGAUGGGAUCAGGAGGCUAGCUGUGGUGCUCCGGCCUACAUUGAAGGAGGUCAGUGUGCUGCACUGCCGGUUCCUGCACACUGCAGCCUGCCUUGCUGCUCUGAACCCAAUCCGCGAUCGGAUUGAGAGCCUUGAAAUCAACUGUGACUGGGAGGAGGUUGAACAGCCCAGCUCCAGCUGCAUGGCCAAUGGCACAACCGGAAGUGAUCAUGAGGAUGACGAGCCUAGUGAAAUGGCGUACCAGUCCGCGCCCAAGAAAUGCAGGUUCUCCUACUUGGAAAUGGAUAAUUAUGAAAGCUGGGAGAUGCUCCGCUCACUCUCCCUUUGGUGCCCUGCUGGUCAGCUGCUCUCCCCGCUCAUUUCUGCCGGGCUCGAUAGCUGCCCUGUUCUUGAGAAGAUCUCGAUUAAGGUGGAGGGCGAUCUCCGGACUUGUCCGCGUCCAUUUCACGGGUCAGCUUUUGGCUUAAGCGACCUUGGAGCCUUCCAGGCGCUGGCCAAGAUGAAGUUGGACCUCAGCGAGGCGGUGGGUUAUGCGCUCACCGCGCCAACGGGGCAUAUGGAUCUUUCUCAGUGGGAGCGGUUUUAUCUGAGCGGUAUCGAGUCAUUGCUGAGUUUGUAUGAGCUGGACUACUGGCCGCCCCAAGACAAGGACGUGAACCACCGGAGCCUGUCACUGCCAGCGGUCGCACUUUUCCAGCACUCCAUCGGACUCAGGAAGCUCUUCAUCCAUGGCACCACACAUGAGCACUUCAUGAGCUUCUUCCAGAAAAUGCCAAACUUGAGGGACGUGCAGCUAAGGGAGGACUACUAUCCAGCACCGGAGAAUGACAUGAUGAUCACAGAGAUGCGGGCUGAAUCUUGCCUCCGGUUUGAGCAGCAGCUGAACAACCGGCAAUUUCGGCAAAUUCCUGAUUAACGCUGAAUUGGGUGCACCAUUACAGUGAUUCGAUGUUGAAUACAUCAACACAGAGAGCCCUUGCUCUUGUUUAGUCACCCAGAGUGCUACUGAAGUAUCUCUGGGUUGCUUGCGAUGAUUGCUGUAGUAACUGGAAUUGCUCAGUACAUUGAUGAUAAGAGUAGAAGACAAUGCCUGAUCAAGUGACCGUGGAGGCAAGAUGAUAAGUUAGCAUUUGAGGGAAUUUUGUCAAGGGAAAAAGUUUUUUAUUUAUUUUCAAGCUGAGCUCAGUUGAACUGCGGCAAGAGAAAUUGGCGUUAUUAUUCGGGUAAAUUGUAAUGUUUGAGCUCUGUAAACAUUAGAAAAAUCGGCAGUCACUUGUUUGUCAUA